CGGCGCGGGCGCCGCGUGUUGCUGAUUGCGAUGCUGUGUGUGGGCGCCGCGCGCCGCCUGUUGCGGCCCCGCGGGGACCCGCUGCUGCUGCUGCUCCCCGCGCGCGGCGCCGCCCGCGCCUCCAACCCCCUGGUGUUCCUGGAGGUGGGCGCCGACAACCAGCCGCUGGGCCGCGUCGUGCUGGAGCUGAAAGCUGAUGUGGUGCCAAAGACAGCAGAAAACUUUAGAGCUCUUUGUACGGGUGAAAAGGGAUUUGGGUAUAAAGGAUCCACUUUUCACAGAGUAAUUCCUUCAUUUAUGUGCCAGGGUGGUGAUUUUACAAAUCAUAAUGGAACUGGUGGAAAAUCCAUUUAUGGCAAUAGAUUUCCGGAUGAAAAUUUCAUACUUAAGCAUGAAGGACCUGGUGUUCUUUCAAUGGCCAAUGCAGGACCCAAUACAAAUGGAUCUCAGUUCUUCAUCUGCACCACAAAAACUGACUGGCUAGAUGGAAAACAUGUUGUUUUUGGGCACGUAAAGGAAGGAAUGGAUGUCGUGAAAAAAAUUGAGAGCUUUGGUUCGAAGAGUGGAAAGCCCUCCAAAAAGAUUGUCAUUACUGACUGUGGCCAGCUGUCCUAGCCUUUUGCCCUGCCAGUCAGGACAACCUCAAUGCUGUGAAAAUGAAUCAUAACAAACCCCAAACAUUUCUGAUUCAAUGAGUAGCACCUACAGAGCCAUAUUUUCUACUUAACUCUGUCAUGUUUUUAUAUAUAUAUUGAAUAAUCUUGAUUAAAAGCGUAAAACAAUAACUGAAGGAUGUUUUAACUGAGCUGCCUUGGUAGUCAUGCUGUCUCACAGCUUUGGAAGAGUUCCAUUACAGUUUGAAUGAAAUAGUAUGGUCACCCAGAGCCUAUCUUAACUGCAGCUUUGAUGCUGAUCUCCAUGAGUGGAUGCUUCCGGUGUUAGAAUCGGUGGUAGUGUUGACAACUGAGUUGUUUUGUAGUGGGGAAGUUGUAAAUUGAGAAAUACCAUCUUUCCUUUGGUCCUAAUAACCACUGAUUCUGUUGUCUCAUCCUUUUGAAAAAAAUUAUACUAACCAAUGUUCUCAAAGCUGUUUGCAGCAAGGCUGUAUGGCAUUUUUUUGUGUCUCAAUUUAAGUCUAUCCAAUAGGAUCAUUGUGUACUUGUGGGGGGGUUUAAAAUUAAUCCCUUUUUAAUAAUUAUUUUUCUAGUCUCAGACCACUGUUUAAAUGUGAAUGUUAUCUUACUGGCUUCAGUGGAGCAAUUUGACUUUUGGGUGAGGUGAACUCCUUCAGAUUGAGUUACUAGAGUUCCACCUGGGCAAUGAGACCAGAAACGAGCUGAAAUAUUGUGAGACGUUUUUACUUUGCAACUGUGAACUUGGGAGUACUGUUCUGUGAGGAAUACAGUGUGAUUCUCAGUAGCCUGUUUUUGUACAUUGAGAAUAUAAUUGGAAUAGAGUGAACUUGCUUGAGUGAGAAACAGGUUUCAUUGCGCUUUUGGUCUGGUUAGUCCUGCAAAGUCAGCCCACCUUGGGUCUUACUUGGAUUACCUUUUCUUCUUCUGCAUUAUCAGCAGAAGUGAAAAUGGGUCACUAUGAAAUCACAAGGCCUAAUUGGUGCAGGAAUAUCCUUCUUGGGGUUGAUACACAAGAAGGGAAAAAUUCAGCUGGUUAGAUAAACACAUUUUGUUUGUGUAAAUGUUUGGAGUGCUUUAGCAGAGACAAAUGUUGGAACUUCACAAAAUCACUUUUUAGAAUCACUAAAGCUGUAAAGUAUUACUGCAUGAGAGGAAAAAGCACUUAACUGUUUGUGUGCAGUGAUCUUGUUGCUCAAGAGAAAAAAUGUGAUGGCUCUCCUCAAAUGUGAAUUUACUUCUAUUGCAUUUGGAUAAAUGUGGGUUUAAAACUAUUUUGCACUGGCUGUUUUUCCACUCAGGGCUGCAUUCUUGUGUGUACUUGGUAGCAUUCAGAGUGUAAUUUUGCAGAAAACGUAAUUGCAAAGCUUUUUAUUUUCACUAGAGCUGUUUCAUCUUUCUUUGUAGUAUUUUUGAAGUAAUAGUUCGUGCUAGUUUGGCUUAUGUUAAUUUGAUGGAAUAAUUUGUGUGUGUGUUCUUUUAAUUUGUAUAUGAGAAAUAAUUAAAUACAGUUAUACAGCAGAAAAAGCCUAUU